AUGGCUGCCGACCCUCCAUUCACCUCGCCAGACCUCACGCUCACCCGCGCCCGAGCGAGCGACAUACCUUCAAUUAAAACUAUCGUCAACGCAGCAUACGAGAAAUAUAUCCCUCGGAUCGGCAAACCGCCAGCCCCAAUGACAGCAGACUACGCAUCUCUUCUCACAGCCCACAACGUCUUUAUCCUGCACGCCGCUCAAACCCCCGUCGGCGCGCUCGUUCUCCAACACGAACCAGACUCCGACGCCAUAAAGAUCGAGAACUUGGUAGUUAACCCAAGUACGCAGGGUCGAGGUUACGGAAAGGUGUUGAUGCGCUAUGCUGAAGACUUUGCGAGGUCGCGAGGUCGCAAUGCGUUGGAGUUGUAUACGAAUGUGAAGAUGUUUGAGAAUCUGGGGCUGUACCUUAAGAUGGGGUUCGUGGAGACUGGGAGGAGGGAGGAAGAUGGCUUUGAACGUGUGUAUUUCCGCAAAGAACUGGAAUGA